CCUCCGCUCCCCGUAGUAGUGGAUAUCUUCACAGUGACCGGAGAGAGAGCAGAGGCGAGCCACAGAGCCGCAUGCUCGCUGUGCAACAAGGCGAAGGGGAGCGAAAAUGAACCACCGGAUAGAAGCAGCAGCAUCCAGUGAGGACCCGUGACAGUAUUUAGGGUACUGUUAUAUCCUGGCAGACACAUGGACAGGAAGAAAUAGAAGCAUCAGUUCAGGCCCUCCAGCUGACCUCUGGGGUACGUCCUAGCUGUGGGAAUUUAUUGUUGGUGGGCCCACAAAACUGGCGUGCAUGUGAGUAAGAGGUAAUGAAGUCCAGUAUGAGGCAGUGGCGGAGGCUGGUGCUGGUGGGAAUGCUGGCUUGGGUUCUCCUCUUUCUUGCCCUCCUGUCGUACUUCCUGGAUGCUCGUGUGGAUGAGCCCCUGACCUCUGCUGGCUCUUUACUUUCCCAACACCCCGACACACGCCGACUGGCAUCCAUACAAGCUUCCCAUCAACAGCAUGCCAUCCUGGGCUCCCGACCUGAGUUGGCUUUGCCAUUAACUACAACAUAUCCCAGAGAUAAGCCAGAGCUGGAGCCCUCUGCCAGCUAUAUGACCCCAGAGACCAGCCUGGAGUUGAGCCAGAAUCCAAACAGUGCUCCCUAUGCUGUUUAUGGGAGCCAGGAAGCAAGUCGCCAGGACUACCUGGACCAGCAGAGCCUGGCAGCCUGGUCCUCCUUUGGUACAGAGAACGUGGGUUCUCACUCAGACCCUGCAGUCCAGAGUCGUGAGAGAUCACAGACUGCAGACUAUCAGAACCACCUCAGCACCACCCGUUACCACGGUGGUGAGGAGGAAGAUGAGAGAGAAAAUGAAGAUGACGAUCUGGGAAACAGAAUGAAGAUUUCAGUAGAGAGGAAGGCUGCUGGUGACUCCUCUGAUCUGGAGGAAUACUAUUUCUCCAAAUCCGCCUCUGUAGUGCAGCGGCUUUGGAAGGGCCGUGUAUCCGCGGGCAUGCUGAGUCCUCGGUUGCAGCGUGCCAUGAAGGACUAUGUCAGCGCCAACAAACACCAUGUUUACUACAAGGGGCAUCGCAAGGCCGCUCGGACUGCCAAGGAGCUGCUGUGUGAAAUGAAGGCUCAGGCACGGCUGAGGACAGUAGACGGGUUGGAGCAACCCUUCUCUUCACUUGGCUGGGCUCAUCUCGUGCCAUCCCUUCCCCUGGAGCAACUGUACAAAAAGGAGGACAAGAGAAGCUUCAAGACCUGUGCAGUGGUCACCUCUGCUGGGGCCAUCCUCCGCUCUGGAUUAGGCAAAGAGAUUGACACUCAUGAUGCAGUUUUACGGUUCAAUGCGGCGCCUACAGAAGGCUAUGAGAGAGAUGUAGGAAACAAAACCACGAUCCGCAUCAUCAACUCUCAGAUUUUGGCAAAUCCGAAGCAUCAGUUUAACACAAGCUCCAUCUACAAGAAUGUAACUCUGGUGGCCUGGGACCCCGCACCUUACACUGUCAACUUACACAAGUGGUAUGCUAGUCCGGACUACAACCUGUUUGGCCCAUACAUGGAGCACCGCAAGCUCCAUCCUGACCAGCCCUUUUACAUCCUUCACCCCAGCUAUGUGUGGCAACUCUGGGAUGUGAUUCAGGGCAACACACGGGAGAACAUCCAGCCCAAUCCCCCAUCAUCUGGCUUCAUAGGUAUCCUCCUGAUGAUGGCGAUGUGCGAGCAGGUGCACGUGUACGAGUACAUUCCCUCUAUGAGGCAGACAGACCUGUGCCACUACCAUGAGCGCUACUACGAUGCUGCCUGCACACUGGGUGCCUACCAUCCCCUCCUCUACGAGAAAAGCCUGAUCCAACGGAUCAACACAGGUCCCGAGAGUGACCUCAGGAGGAAAGGGCGCGUCACUCUUCCAGGCUUUAGCACCGUGAACUGUGACAUCUGAUAUAUGAAGCCUCUGGCCCUCUGAGUCCAAACACACACACACACACACACACACACACACACACACGCUCACACUCUGGCCUUUUCAGGCUGACCAGGGGAGAGGUGCAAUAAUGCCACUGCAGACAAGGAGGCUGAAGCUUACAAGUUUCAAAUAAGACCCAUGAAGAGCAUAAGCCAUAGCCCUCCAGGGACGGAUAAACAUGGAGGCUUCUGAAAGACCUUGUCUUUAUCACUAUGGUUUACUUGACCAGAGGCUGGAAAUUAGAGUCUCCAAGGUGGAGCUUAAAAAAUAAUAAAAAUAAUAAUAAUACAUUUCUCUCUGCUUUAGCUGAGCCACGUUAGCUGUGGAGCCGACUAGGGUAGCAACGGAUGAUGUUUUAGACAAGUGAAUUUUUAAUAACUGGCUGUGUUUCGGUAGUGUAAAAUCUGUGUUUCUCAGUAAUAUGGAUGGUUCUCCACUUUAAGGGACUGUCACUCUUUAUAACGGCAAAUUGUAUAUAUUGUUUUUUUAAUACUGUUCCAAAGGGUUGUGAAUAAGCAAAUCAUCCAUGUUGAAUGUCACAGGUACACACACAGACACACACACAUUAAGUAAAAGUACGUGGAGAAGAAUGCCAACUAAAAGAACGAUAAGGUGGUCGAAGCAGCCACAUUACUGUACAUAUUCCUGCAGAAUCAGAAAUUUUGUGUUAUAAUGAGGGGUUGAUUUCAUACUACUGAGCUUAAUACUGAAUUACUGUUCUGUACACUCUGACUGACAACCACCAGUUUUUUGUUUGUAUCUAAGGUAUUUUUUUGUUUUGUUUUGUUAUUUUGGUGUGUGUAAUUUAAUCAGAGUAAACGGGGCCAAAACGGAUCUUCAGAACAAACAGGUGCUCAGAACAGCCGUGACCCUGUGCCUAGCGGUCAGCUGAACACUUUCCUCGGGUUGCCUUGUGACUGUUCAGACACAUGCAGUACGUACUCUAGCAGAACUGCAGUACCAAUCAGUUUGAUGUGUGGAGCAGUAGACAUUUCUGAAGUGAUGAACAUCAGGGGAUUCUCCGCUCUGCCUCAGCAAUCACCAGCCCCUGUUUGCGAUGGUCAGAUCACUCUAUUGAAUGUAAUUUUAUCACUGCGUGUUGUGGCCAAACCCUUGCUGGAGCUCACCUCUGCGGGGUUAUUUCUUUAUUGCGUAACAGUAUGAAGUGCAUUCCCUGCAACUAUAAAUGUCUCAUAUUUCCUGAAUCCUCUAAUAUUAGUCUGUACCUAUCUGCAGCUCAGAGUGGAGACAAUUAUGAAAGAGGAAAUUGGACCUGUACUAAUCACAGAUUUACUUUGUCUCCAGGUAGGGUGGAUUUUAUGUUUACAGAGAGCCAGUGCCAUUUCUUCAGCUAGCUUUGAGGUAUUUUGUCUGUGGGAACAAGGGCAUUUUUUUUUUGUGUGCGUGUGUGUGUUUUAGUUUUUAACAGGUAGUGCUUGUGAAAACCUGAAAACGUAACAGAAAUGUUGUUUUAAAUAGUUUGUCACUCUUUUCAGUAGAAGCACUAGAAUAUAGUAUCAUGUAGAUAAUACUGGAACAUAACAGGAGCAGGAUAUUAUCUGGAAUUUGUCAGUAUUCACCAAAGCACGCUUUUUUUUUUUUUUUUUUAACUGCCCAAAGUCCCUUUUUUAACUCAGACAGGAUCUGAGCAAAAGAAAUAAUUAUGAAUCUUUAUUUUAAAAAUGUUUAGUUCCAUUUAUUAAUACUAGUAUUUCAUACUGCAGUACCCGGGACAGGUCACCAGCCUGUCGCGGGGCCAUCACAGAGAGACAGACAACCAUUCACACUCACAUUCACAACUAUGGCCAAUUUAGAAUCACCAGUUAACCUAACCACACUAACUGCAUGUCUUUGGACUGUGGGAGGAAACCUACUGGAUUUAAUAACUAGAUGGCUAAUUCAGUAAAUUACAUACAUGGCAAAAAUACGUCAUCACAUAAAGUGAAUUUCUAUAGAUCAAGUAUUUGCUCCUUUUCCUGUAAAUGAGAGAUUGGACACCUGGCUCGGUAGAAGUUUAUAGAAAUAUUUUGUAGUUGUUUGGGUCGUUAUGCAAAAAUGUAAUUAUUACUGUUAAUUUAUUUACUUCUCUUGAAAGUAAAUACUAACACUGCUUUUGGGUUGCUGUCCAAUUUCCCUCUUAUUAGCAAUGUAACAUAAUACCUUAUACCGACGCACCUAAUAACUACAUAUCAUCACAAUCUGGAGGACAUAGACAAGAUCUUUCUCUUAGUGCCCCAAAGCUGACAGCAGCGUUAGUGAAGCCCAGAGAGCACAGAAAAAUGACAGUGAUUGUUUCUGUAGAAACUGGCAAGCGCGUUCAUCUCCCUGCUUGAAAUCGAGCCUUAGCCGCUCGGUACGGGGCCAUCGUAUACUCAGCAUCACGCCGAGGCCAGAAGCAUUUCACCGGUAUCUUUGUGUUAGCAUGUUGCCUUUGCAGAUGCUUGGAGAGUGGAUAGCGGUCUCUAGCCUGGGCACAGUUUGCACUUUACCAUCACAUUCGUGUCCUUUUGUGCAAUAAUUUGGGAAAACUGUGUACAUUUCUACUACUCUGCCACUUAUGUUCCCUCACACAUGAAAAGGCACAUCUGAUGUGGGUUUAUUUUUUCUAUUUGCCUAAUGUGAUUAACAAGAGAAUUGUUUCAUCUGCAAUGUUAUAACUGAAUUUAGCAGCAGUAAUGUCUCACAUUGCAGCAAUAGAAACUAAUGUUAUGUGAUUACAGUAAUGCAUUACUUUGUACUCUAUGGUACAUUCAACCCUGACUGUAACAGAGGUUUUUUUUU